UAAACAGCAAAAUAAAAAAUAAAAAAUAAAAAAUAAAAAAAAUUGAAAAAAGAAAGAUCUUCGGUUUUGCUCACUCACGCUCGCGCAAGCCCUGGAUUUUCUUCCCUCACACCAUAACCACCACCACAACCUGUUUUCUCUCUUCUUGAAAACCCUAAUUCAUACGUCGCCGUUUACUCUCUCUCUCUCUCUCUCUCUCUCUACCUUUCAGAUUGCUUAAAAGGAUCAGGGACCAAAGCUGUGGAAUGGGAGAAUAUGCUGGUUAUGAAUCGAAUUUCUUCUUCUUUUUCUCAUGGAGGGUUCCUGAUAUCCGAAAAAAGCACCACCUUGGCUAGGUUUCUGUAGGGUUUGUUGAGAUUCUCAGGAGGAGCAUGGAGAACGUGUGUGAUGUGAAUCAAUUGGAUGCUGAUGUUCUUUUGCCUCCUCGGAAGCGUCUUCUAGCUGGGUUGAAAAAACAGAGCUCAGAUGGUGAUGCUGCAGCUUCUCCAUCUCAGGUUGUUGGUUCUUGUGUUCCAAUUUCCGAGGCUGCUUCCUCUUCCUCAUCUUCCUUUACCAGUGAGUUCGAAGCCCGGCUUAAGAAUUUGUUGAGUUCUCAUUCUAAUAACCCUAAGCUUACCCCUGAGGAGGUUGUUGAGGCCUCAAAGGCAGCGGCAGUGUCUGCAACUAAAGCUGCACAGGUUGCAAGAGCUGAUGCUGAGGAAAAAGCUGAAAUAGCAGCAAAGGCAAUUGCUGCAGCCAAGAGUGCUUUAGAUUUGGUUGCCUCUUUCUCUGAAGAGGCAGUCAGCAAGGAAAGAAAUCUGAAGAAGAACAAGCUAAAGAAGCAUCUCCCAGUUCAGCUCUUGUACAAAAAAUACCAACCAAUUGAAAAUUGUGGGACGGAUGAAGAAUUGGCCCGGAAGUUGCAUCGUGCCAUGAACAGUUCUCCUAGAAUUUCGAAGAACUCUCCCAAUUCAGACUCAAAAGGUAGUAAACACAAGAAGCCUAAAAGUUCUUCAAGUUUUGAAUUAACUGAGGUUUCUGAUGCCAGCAUGGCAUUGGGACUAGAUUGCUUGUCUUUGAACAAUGGGCAUGCAGUAGCAGGUAAGAUUGAUUCUGAAGGCUCCAUUCAAGAAGUAUGCUCAGGUAAGGAAGAUAAGAAGGGAUUCAGAUAUGAUAGAUCUAGCCAAAUGGAGAUAGAUAAUAUGGAAGCAGAGUCAAGCAGGUCAAAGGAGAAAAAUUCUGAAGAUUUGUGUACCAUAGGUAAGAAGAGAGGAAGGGUGAAGCUAAAAAAGUUGCCCUUAAGCAUUUGCACCUCCAAAGAUAGGGCACAGCCAAAGGAAGGUACAAGAGCUAGAAGUUCUCCAUUGAUUGAAAUGAACACAGACAAUCAUCCUGUUGGUAAUAUGCCUUUGUUUCCGGUGGAGCCAUCCACUGACAGAGUGAUGCCAAUUGAGGCUACAUCAAUGUGCAAAUUGCAGGAGUUCAAGGCACCGGCUUGUAUCAAACAAAAUAAAGCUGUGCAAUCAUAGUAUUCAAAUUAAAUUGAGAUGACUGGGUGCUAGUACGACUGUGAUAGAAGUCCAUAACUGAGGUAGAAAUCAUGAUCCUUUUUUUUUUUUUUUUCACAUAUAUUCCCUUUAUCUUUUUUGUCCAUCUUUGGCUUUGUAAUGGAUUUGCACUGAUUAAAUGUAAAUUUAGAUUUUUAUUUGAUUGCA